UUCGCCCCUGCUCCCCGCCCCGCCCCCCGCUGUCCGGGCUUGGUGCGAACCCGGCGCUGGAGGCCCCUCUCCAGGGCACCCCGAGGUGAGGGGCCCGCGCAGGAUCCGCACUCGGCUCCGCCCGGCCUGGGGGCGCAGGGACCCAGCGGGUUCACGCCCCCCCCCCCCCGGGGGGUGCAGCCGCCUUAAAGCCCCGUGUCCCGCGGUGCCGCACACGGGCCCCGUUCGACUGCUCCCCAUGGCCCAGGUGCAGCCAGUCCAGGGCCUGACCCCCGACAUGGUCACUCGCUGUGAGCUGGUGGCUGUCCGGGGGGUCCCGCUGCCCAGCCACAUGGCGGAGCUGUGGGGGCAGAUAUGGAGCUUCCAGGCCCGGCCUGACGAUCUCCUCAUCUGCACCUACCCCAAGGCAGGCACCACGUGGGUUCAGGAGAUCGUGGACAUGAUCCAGCAGGACGGGGACCCCCAGAAGUGCUGCUGCGCCCCCAUUUACGAGCGCAUCCCCUUCCUGGAGCUCUGCCCACCCCGCCCCCUCCCGCGUGGGUUUGAAGAGGCUGCGGCGAUGCCCCCCCCACGGACCCUGAAAACCCACCUGCCCCUGGAGCUAGUGCCCCCCUCCUUCUGGGAGCAGGACUGUAAGGUGAUCUACGUGGCGCGGAACCCCAAGGACAACGCCGUCUCCUAUUUCCAUUUCCAGCGGAUGAACCAGAGUCUCCCGGCCCCGGGCCGCUGGGACCAGUAUCUACAGACCUUUGUGGCUGGGGGGGUGCCUUGGGGCUCCUGGUUCGACCAUGUCCGCGCCUGGUGGGACGCGAGGGACGAACACCGAAUCCUCUACCUCUUCUACGAGGAUAUCAAGCAGUGCCCUGUGUCUCUCCACCAGGACCCAAGAGGUGAGAUCCAGAAGGUGGGUCGGUUCCUGGGCCGGGAGUUGCUGGAGCCGGUUCUGGAGACGAUCGUCGAGCACACGUCGUUCGAGAGCAUGAGGGAGAACCCCAUGGCCAACUACAGCACGCUGCCCCCCUUCGUGCUGGACCAUGCGGUGUCCCCCUUCAUGCGCAAAGGCACAGUGGGCGACUGGACGACCCAGUUCACGGUGGCGCAGAGCGAGUGGUUCGACGCCGAAUGGGCCCGGCGGAUGGAGGGGAGCGACCUGCGUUUCUGCACCCGGCUCUGAGGGGACAGCAGGGCCCCCGACCCCCCGGCCUGGCCCCGAACCUGGCCCCCGAGCCCCCGGCCGGCCCCUCCCCGGUGGCUCACGCUGCGGUUUCUGAGCUGCACAUCGGGGGCCCCUGGGGCCGGGUUCACUGGGGUUGGGCCGGUUGUUGGGGGCCGGGGUUGGGGCUCCCCUGGAAUAAACCAUUGCACAGAAUAAACCAGGUGCCUCCGGGUCACUGACAUCCCCCCCCAGGCCCUUUGCCCCUGGAGCAGGGGAGGGGCUCUGCGCCGUGAGCUUCCCGCAGCAGUGCCCCCCAUAGGCCAGGGGGCGCUGGACUACAUUGCCCAGAGUGCUUUGUGGAAGGGCCAGGUUGGGGCGUGGAGGCUCAUGGGGGGCAUUGGAUUUGCCCGCACGGCCUUAUGGGAGCUGUAGUUCUGUGGCGGUUCUGCGGCCUCCCCAUAAGAUUCCAUCUCCGUAGGCUGGGCCGAGGGGGGAGGGGCAGUUGUGUCCUAGGGGGCGGAGCUGUGCUGGGGGCGGGGCCGAGGGGGGCAGCAGAGGGUGAUGGGGAGAGCAGCUUUGCUGGCUGGGGGUGGGGGGUGGCCAGGGACAGCCCCCCCCAUUGUACUUAAAGCCCCGCCC